AUGUCUCUCGGAAAUCUCCUCACAGGUACCGUCGGAACCCUCGGAGAUGUGGUAGGCGGGAUUGGCAGUGCAGCAGGGCUGGGAGGCGUGACCCAACCUCUCAAUCCUCUCUUGGACCACGUUGGAAAUACCCUCGGAGGUGUUGUUGACGACACGCUCGGCCUCACAAACGAUCUACUGGGCAUUUUGACACCUGGCGGCCCCUUCCAGCGGUGUAUAAAAGCAGCACUGAGUAACGAUGCAAGCUUGUACGGAUUCCCAGAUAUACUGGGCGCAGUCAACCUGCCUGUCGUCAGCGAUUUGACGUAUGACUUGAGUGAUGUGCGUAAGUUCGGCAGCUAUUCCGCCCUGAUAUGGAUCCGCACCGCUGACACCUUCUCAGAUCCAUACAACUUGGAUUACCGCUACCAACCCGCAGCCGUCACCUAUCCAACAUCGGCGCAGCAAGCUGCUACCGUGGUGCAAUGUGCACUACAGUUUGGAGUAGCCAUCGCUCCCAGAACCGGCGGUCACGGCUAUGCGGACUUCUGCCUCGGAGGAAGAGAUGGAGCAUUGGUGAUUGAUACCAAGAACCUGAAUUCGUUCCGCCUGAACGCGGACGGAAGCGUGACUUUCGGUGCUGGACUGAGAUUACGUGAGCAUUGCGCCCGACGCUUUUGAACUGCUACUAAUGCCGCCGGGCGAAGGUGACCUGACGGACCACCUUGCCUCUAUUGGCAGGACGGCAGCCUUUGGUGUCGUAGGUAUCAUUGGGAUAGUGUUGCAGACUAUGCUAACAGAGCCUCAAGGUCGGCGACAUCGGGACCGGCGGGCACUGCACAAUCGGCGGUCUUGGGCCCCUCUCCCGCCAAUUGGGAACCUGUGCCGACCAGCUCCUCUCAUCGCAAUGCGUAACGGCCUCCGGCCAAGUCGCCACCGCUUCACCCUACGAGAAUCCAGAUCUCUUCUUCGCCAUCCGUGGAGCAGCCGCAUCCUUCUGCCUAGUAACCGAAUUCACCCUCUCGACAAUCCCUUCAAUACCAGUCACCCACUUCCAAUUCAACAUAACCUUCGGCACCGUCACCGACCUGGCACCCUUCUUCAUCCAAUACCAAAAUUUCAUCGCCCAACCAGAUCUCCCCAGAGAAUUCAGCUGCACCCUCACAUUGCUCCAAGACACGAUCAUCUUCCAAGGAGUGUACUCUGGCGAUGUCUCCGGUUUCGACCAGCUCAAUCUCCAAGCCAUCCUCCCCUUCGGAAACCCAUCCCUACAGAUCGUCAGUAAGAUCGUAACAACCGUAACACAUGAUCUGGUAUAUGCUAUACAGGACAUCUUCGGCCUCUUACCGACACAUUUCUACGCCAAGAAUCUCAAAUUCACGCCGAGAACGCUCAUGAGUCCCGCUGCGGUGGAAGCCAUGUUUGAGUACAUCCAAAAUACUAAUAAAGGCACACUGGCCUGGUAUGUAUAUAACCGCAUCCCCUCCUUCUUCGACCGAUGCUGAUUCCAUGUCACAGGUUCAUAGUCUGGGACCUCGAAGCCGGCCGCACCAACGACUUCCCCGCCUCGCACUCCGCCUACGUCCACCGCGACGCCCUCUACUACAUGCAAAUCUACCUCGUCGACCUCCUCGCUCUCUCCUCCUCCGUCAAUCCCGCCAUCAAGUCCUUCGCAAACGGCCUCCACGCUCUCAUGCAGCAGCUCGUCCCGGGUGUAGACGACGCUGCGUACCCGGGCUACGUGGACCCGGAACUCCCCGCGCCGCAGAGGGCUUAUUGGGGGGUUAAUGUGCCGUAUUUGCAGGCCGUGAAGCGGAAAUGGGAUCCGCGGAAUUUGUUCCAGGGGUUUGCUGGGCAGGGUAUUCGGGCGGAUGGUGUGCUGUGA